CCGGUGGAUCCAUCAUUGAAAGCACGGUUUCCUUUUCAAACCUGGUCAAUAUCUGCAAAGAAAACAUAUUCUGGGACUGCGAUCCUCUCGAAACAUAAACCAUUGUCAGUAGAUAUGACUCUUCCUGGGCAUCCAGAUCCAGAUCAGGUAAAGGGCCGGAUUAUAACCCUUGAAUUCGAGGGUUGUUACUUAAUUGCCACUUAUGUGGUAAAUGCUGGGCAAGGUCUAAAGACAUUGGAUGCAAAGAAUGUGUGGAACCAUCAUUUCGAAGUUUAUAUUCGCGAUUUGGACAAGAAGAAACCCGUAAUAUGGAUGGGUGACUUAAAUGUGGCACCAACAGCAAUAGAUCUGGCAAAUGCAAAGUCGAAUUGGAAUAAAACGCCCGGUUACACCAAGGAUGAAACUGAAGCUUUUGCACGAAUUCUUAACCCUCCUGAAUCUGCUGUGGACGCUGGGAAAUUCGUCGAUGUUUGGAGG